AUGAAACAAGUUUCUGGGAAGCUUCUGGAUGUCUUUGAACAUGUUUGCUCGAGUCAGUUCCAUGCUCCUCGAAAAUACUUUGCAAACCCUGACUCAACGCCCAACACUCAGACUUUUCAACUCUCCCCAAUUUUGUUGGUCUCCACUCUUGAUGGUCAACUGCAUGCCCUCGAUCGCCAAACUGGAAUUUGGAACUGGACUCUGAACGAUCCAAAUCAUACUUCGAAUGGUUUGCUCGAUCGUUGCGGUCUUGUCGAUUCUCCUUGUCUCUCAUCCGAUCAUUCAGAUCAAGAUCACGAGCUCUAUGCAAUCGAACCUCAGAACGAUGGCGACCUAUACGUCUUUGUCAAGUCUUCAUCUCAGCCCUCUCGCCUUGAGAAACUUCCACUCUCGGUCUCCCAACUCGUCAAUCUCUCUCCCUUCACUUUCCCCGGCGAUUCUUCUAAAAUGUUCAUAGGCAAAAAAGAAUCUCACUUGAUUGCUAUCGAUCUAAAAACUGGCUCGGUCGUCAACUCUUUAAACUCUAAACCUAAAACGGGUUCCUUGAAAGGAAAGGAAAAGUCUUCCAGGCACCAUCAAUGCCAUUCUCGACGUCCAUUUGAUUCCUCAACAAGCCAAACCGACUUCGAUAGUGACGGUACUUGUUCUGUCAAGCCAGGAACUUCUAAUUCAUCGAGUGACCCAGAUGCGAAUCAUGAACCUAUUGAUCAGCGUCCCCGUGACCUGCUCUACAUAGGUCGAACAGAUUACCAGGUAUCAAUAUAUUCGAAACCCAAUACACUCAUCCAAUCAUUGCGUUAUUCCACAUAUACCCCAUCGAACCUUCCUCACAGCCUACAUACCAUAUGGACACGGACACCGGAUGAGUUAUAUCUAGAACCCACUCACGAUGGAAACCUCGUUUGUUUCCAAGCUGCUUCACCAGCCGCCAACACUCCACUAAGCCGCUCCGAGCAUACUACGAUUAAAUGGCAGAACUCAUUUGAUCAUCCAGUCACCAGUAUCUUCGAUGUCGUCUUUCCCAGUGCUCAUGACGAACCUGCAACAUCUACCGAUCCGACCUCUCGGGAUCCUGGGCCCAGUGAAGUCCUCGACGAUUCGACUGCUAGCGCCACAAAGCCUGCGACCCUGCAGCAGCCAAUUAUCUUCGUCCAACCAAAAUUUUUACCCCACAAGGAUGAUCAAUCUCAUAGCAAAUUCCCACCUGACGAUGAUCAGUUUAAUCUUUUCAAGCAUCUUCAUUCUCAAAGUUCAUUUUCCACUCCGUUUCAGCCUGCCCAUUCAACCGGCCAGCGAAGUGCGUUCGUUGGUAAAUAUCAAGAGUCCUUCUACGUAAUGUCUCAACAAAGCUAUCCCCUUGUUGUCUUCGCACCAUCUGCGUACCAAACCCUUGGACACGAACCAUCGAUUGGAACUCAUCAUCUACUCAACUCGCAAGCCAUGAACGGUUUUCUUGAUUUCUCUUACACCAAUCGACUACUAGACCCCGCUAAUAGUCAAAAUCAGCAUCCUUCUAGCAAUCCGCCCCUAGCACUCGAUCCACCCCCCAAACCUCUGACUCUUCCACCAUCCAAAAAAGUUGUCAAUUCCAAGCUCAAUCAAAACUCGGGUCUCAGUGGUGUCCCUGUCCCUUCAACACAUACCAACUUCGUUUCAGAUUAUGAUCUACCCCAUGAGUCACCUACGCAACUUCAUCAACGCGCAGCUCAAAUUUCGUCCCUCUUGGUCAGGACGUUCAAACAACAGCUGAUGCCGAGUGAAGGGCGAAGCUCCGUGUCCACCGGGAGGUCGGAUGAACGAUUUCCGGAUUUGAACCCUUUGUUGACCAUUUUUUUAGUGUUGGUGAUAAUGAGCUGGUGGGCUUCAAGGAAAGUAGGUUCGCCGUCAACCGCUCGAUGGGAUCAUUUGCAUCGGUUAGUCAACCAAGCUUUGGGCAGUAAUGACUCUUCCAAAGUUGAGCAAGGCCCCAAAUUAAACGCGCUUGGCACGGCGGAGUCCCGAGAUGGAGCAGCCACGUCUGAAGUGCCAACCACAAUACCAAUCAAAGAGUCUGAAUGUCCUACAAGUGUCGAUGGUUCCCCAGACAAACAUCUUCUCAACGGUACUGCCGAUGACGACUCACUUCCUGCUUCGAAGCAGAAACCCAAACGCAGAAGAGGGAAGCGGCCUGGUCAGAAAGCUGCGGCUGCAGCGGCCAAAGCCGAAGCUGAGGCAGCCAAGGCUCUCAUGUCAAUAACUCCUUCCGACUCUGCCUCUUCACAGCCUGGCUCGAUGGAAGCUCGCCCCGCUGUUUCACAACCUCUGUCGGUGGGAGAGCCUAGAACCCCUCAAAAAACCAAACCAAACUAUAAAAAAAGUAAACCAAGCUCUAGCAGUGGGGUCGGAGUCUCUCAGCCAUUCGAGCAAGUUACCCCGACAGCUGCGUCAGUCAUUCACUCAAAUGCGAACGAAAACACCCCCAAUCCUGCUGCUAUCUUGUUCAAAGUGAAUGGCCCAAGUCUGCACGAACAUCAGCCAAUCAAUUCGACUGCAGAAUUUUCCGUGAAUGAUUAUCGUGGGUUUGAACCGCAAAGGGUUGGAUCGCUGAUUGUAACAAACGAAACCAUUGGGUAUGGCUCACAUGGUACCGUCGUGUUAAAAGGGACUUUCCAGGGCAGACAGGUUGCCGUCAAACGGCUUUUGAAAGAUUUCGUCACACUAGCAAGUCAUGAAGUGAGCUUGUUGCAAGAAUCUGACGAUCAUCCAAACGUGGUACGAUACUUCGUCCAGGAAUCUCUGGACAACUUUCUCUAUAUCGCGUUGGAACUAUGUAGCGCCUCGUUAUUCGAUUUAGUUGAAAAAAGACAAUUCAAGGAGUAUGAGGAGUUGGACCGAAUUUUUAAUGCCAAAAAAGCGUUAAAACAGAUCUCCUCGGGUUUGAGAUAUCUGCACAAACUCAAGAUCGUCCACAGGGAUAUCAAACCUCAAAAUAUUCUAAUUACUCUCACUAGAUCACUCCCAACUUCCAGCAAGAUUACGAGUAAGAAGCCGGGGGUCAUCUCGGCCGGUAAAAGCUUUAGGAUGCUGAUAUCUGACUUUGGAUUGUGCAAGAAGCUGGAGUUGGACGAGAGUAGUUUCGCGCAGACUGCGAAUCAUGCGGCUGGUUCGUUUGGAUACCGGGCCCCAGAAAUCUUGAAGGGACAGGUAAAUUUGAAUGAACAGGGCAACUCGACUGCUAGCUCUAGCAUGAUCAACUCCACCGUCCAAAACGCCGCCCCAGGCACUAACGGAGAAUCUAAUGGUUCCUCCUCGACAUCCAAUCCCGAAACGUCUUCCCAUCGACUGACUCGAUCGAUCGAUAUCUUUUCGUUGGGAUGUAUCUAUUACUACGUUUUGACUAAAGGCGAUCAUCCCUUCGGCUCUCGUUAUGAAAGGGAGAUGAACAUCUUGAAAGACGAAAUUUGUUUAGAACAAUUAGACGAUCUCGAUGAAGAAGCCUUCGAAGCACAGCAAUUGAUCAGAUCUAUGAUUCGAUCGAACCCAAAAGAGCGACCAACGGCAGAAGAAGUAUUACAGAACCCAUACUUUUGGGAGCCUACAAAACGGUUGAACUUCUUAUGCGAUUGCAGUGAUCGGUUUGAAAUCAUGGAACGAGAUCCCCCAGAAGAAGCGCUAAUACGCCUAGAAGAUCAAGAGCAGUUUUACAGAUACGUUCACCACAAGUCGUCCCCACUCAAUCAUCUAGUCCCGAACAAGAAUCUACAUCCUAAAGGUCUCGACUGGUAUAAAAUCAUUGAUAGGGGCCUCGUCGAUAAUUUGGGGAAGUAUCGCAAAUAUGAUGGUGGCUCAAUUCGGGAUUUGCUGAGGGUUAUGAGGAACAAAAAACAUCAUUUUCAAGAUUUGCCGGAUGGGAUCAAGAAAUCGUUGGGAGAUAUUCCUGAAGGAUUUUUGAACUAUUUCAGCAGAAAGUUCCCGUCCCUAUUGGUCCACGUCUAUUCGAUUAUCUUGGAAAGCAAUCUGAAAACUGAAAACCUUUUUGCCACUUAUUUCGAUGUCGAUGAAAUUUGA